ACACAUUCAGUUGGAAUAAGGCUCGAAACACAGACCUCUCUUCUUCUUCUUUUUAUUUUUUUCCCUUUUUGGCAUGGAUUUCUGGAGCCUGUUGCCACUCAGAAGAGAAGCACUGUUUUUUCUUUCUUCUUUUUUUUUUUUGGAAGUAGAUUUUUCAACGGAACCCUAGCUGAGUAAGGCUGCUGACUGCUGAAAAUUAUUAGGGAAGACCCCCCCUGAGCUGUACUGAGAAGAAAUUUCUGUGCAGAUUUUUCUUUUCGUGAAUUGGUCCAGGAAUUGCACCACCACAGACACUCGUCAUGGCUGCUCUGUUGAUCUGAACAAGAAAAGGGAACUGACAGGUUUUUUUCUUUUUCCUUAAAUAUUCAUCUGCUGGUGAAGGGUCCCCUCUUUUUUUUCCUACUUAAAAAUUCUUGCUACUUUCCAAAUCAGGAUUCAUCAGGAUUCGCCCGAAGACUUCUCAAAAAGCCUUCGUCACAUUUGAACGCGUCCCUGACAGACACUUCGGGGCUUCAUCCACAGGAGCUGAGCGAGGGAAGAACUGACCUUAGCAUGGAAUAAUGGGUUUCGGAAAGUUCAAGAGAUCAUUUGAAGGAACUGGAUUUACCUUUGGCACAAAUGCGGGACGGGGAGGGGGUAGGUGAAAAGGCAAAGAUUGGAAGGAAAUAUCUGCGAAGGUAGAAAAAGGAAAUUUGAGAACUGAUUGGCUGUAGUUGCUGUCAGCGGGUGGAUGUCGUUUUCUUCUCUCUCUUUUUGCAACAGGAAGUGAUUUGUGGAGCUCACCGAGCCUUUGUUGAGAAGGGUCUCCUCAGAGUGAGUCACGCUUUUGCUGGGAGCAGCCCCGUGCAGCUGGGCGCUCGCCCCAUCAGCGGCAACUAUGACUUUUGCAAGGCAAGCGUUCCACCCCAACCCGCGGUCUCCAGGGCCCGCGCUGCGUGGCUGCUGCUCUGCUGCCUUGUAACGGGGAAAGGGCUCGGUCGUCGGCCUCGGCUGUCCCUCUCCGGAAAGGCUGUCCUGGGACCCGGGCUCCUCGUCCCGCUCAGGGGACCGCGGCUCGUGUGCUAUGCGCGGCAGUCCGCGCCGGGGCCGGCAGCAGCAGCGCCCGGGUGGAUGCGGCGAGCCCACGGAGGGGCAUGCUUCCACGCACCAAGUACAACCGCUUCAGGAAUGACUCGGUGACAUCGGUCGAUGACCUUCUCCACAAUCUGUCGGUGAGCGGCAGCGGCGGCAAGGUCUCGGCGGAGCCCGCGGCGAGCCCCUACCUGGUGUCGGGCGAGGCGCUGCGCAAGGCGCCGGACGAUGGGCCCGGCAGCCUGGGCCACCUGCUCCACAAGGUGUCCCACUUGAAACUCUCCAGCUCCGGCCUGCGUGGCCUGUCGUCGGCCGCCCGGGAGCGGGCAGGAGCGCGGCUCUCGGGCAGCUGCAGCGCGCCCAGCCUGGCGGCCCCGGACGGUGGCAGCGCGACCCCCGGGUCCCGCGCCCCGGCCGCCAGCAUGAGUGCCACCAGGAAGAGCCGGGCCGGCGACGAGCCACUGCCCAGGCCCCCGCAGGGCGCGCCGCACUCCAGCGACCAGGUGCUGGGGCCGGGAGUCACCUAUGUGGUCAAGUACUUGGGAUGCAUCGAAGUUCUGCGCUCAAUGAGGUCUCUUGACUUCAGUACAAGGACUCAGGUUACCAGGGAAGCCAUCAGCCGUGUCUGCGAAGCUGUGCCAGGUGCCAAAGGAGCCUUCAAGAAGAGAAAGCCUCCGAGUAAACUGCUGUCCAGUAUCCUGGGGAAGAGCAACCUCCAGUUCGCAGGAAUGAGCAUCUCUCUGACCAUCUCCACCGCCAGCCUGAAUCUGCGCACUCCUGACUCCAAACAGAUCAUAGCGAAUCAUCAUAUGCGGUCCAUCUCCUUCGCCUCAGGGGGAGACCCGGACACAACAGACUAUGUUGCCUACGUCGCUAAGGACCCUGUCAAUCGCAGAGCUUGCCACAUUCUGGAAUGCUGUGACGGCCUAGCCCAAGAUGUCAUUGGCUCCAUCGGACAAGCCUUUGAACUCCGGUUCAAACAGUAUUUGCAGUGUCCGUCCAAGAUUCCUGCUCUCCAGGACCGAAUGCAGAGCGUGGACGAGCCGUGGACAGAGGAGGACGGAGACGGCACUGAUCACCCAUACUACAACAGUGCUCCCAACAAGGUGCCUCCUCCCGGAGGGUUUCUGGAUGCUCGAUUGAAAGCCAGACCCCACGCUCCUGAUGCAGCCCAGUUUGCAGGAAAAGAGCAAACUUAUUACCAAGGAAGACACUUAGCAGAUGCAUUUGGUGAAGACUGGCAGCGAGCACCCACCAGGCAAGGCUCCUUGGACAUCUAUAGCACACCAGAAGGAAAAGCUCACAUGGUUCCUGUGGGAGAAACACCAACCUAUGUCAACACCCAGCCAGUCCCACCACAGGUUUGGCCAGCAGCAACCAGCAGCACCGAGAGCAGCCCACGGAAGGACCUCUUUGACAUGAAGCCUUUUGAAGAUGCCCUCAGAAACCAGCCCCUGGGCCCUGUGUUGAGCAAAGCCGCGUCUGUGGAGUGUAUCAGCCCUGUCGCGCCCAGAGCCCCGGAUGCCAAGAUGCUGGAGGAACUUGAUGCUGAGCCCUGGUACCAGGGAGAGAUGAGCAGGAAGGAGGCAGAGGCCCUGCUGCAGGAAGAUGGAGACUUCCUAGUCAGGAAGAGUACCACCAACCCAGGCUCCUUUGUCCUCACCGGCAUGCACAAUGGCCAGGCCAAGCACCUGCUGCUGGUGGACCCGGAAGGCACGGUCCGGACGAAGGACAGGGUCUUUGACAGCAUCAGCCACCUCAUCAAUUACCACCUCGAGAGCAGCCUGCCCAUUGUCUCUGCCGGGAGCGAGCUUUGUCUCCAGCAACCAGUGGAGAGGAAACCCUGAGCUUUCCCGGUGCCCCAACCCCCCUACCUUAUGUCAGGUCAGGAGGACCUGGGCUCUGCUGCUCUUAGCCUAUGGAAACAGGGGGGCAACUGUCUGUGGGCCCAUCAUCUUUCAAAGCCCCCUAGGGAGGUUUCCUUCAAGUUCAAAUUUCAUAAAUAUGUCCACGCGACUCAGAUAUGCAUAUUAGAAAUGUAUAUACCCAUACAUCCUGUACAAAUGGCCCCGAUAUUUAUAUUUUUUAAGACUAAGAGAGAUGUGAGACUAGUGCUCUAUGCUGUGUGUUUUUAGUGAUAGGCAAGUUUGACUGUAGUUGUUCCGGGGGGAAAAUAUUAACUAACCUGUUCUACUGGGAAAUUUUGCUAGGAAGGGUGUUACCUAGAGUUCUACAUAAUAAGCAAAAUUCAAGGCAAAUGCAGGUGAGCUGGCAGCUCCGGGACAAACAGAAUUGUGCUAGAAUGCGGUAGCAUGCUGCCCAAACAUCUGCCCCUGCUGGUACAGCUUUGUGUGAGCGCUGGUUCCAGGCUGUAGCACGACUCAUGGAUGGUGGCAUCUCCUCCAGCCCUGGCUUGCUGGGUGCUGCCUUCUAUGCCCUGAAUUGAUGCUGGAUGAGUGGGUUUUUUUGCCACAGGAAUCCCCACUCCAAAGCAGGUGGUACUCUGGCUUGUUUGUUAGCAUGGGGAAACAUCCAUCAUCUUUGACUUCAGUUGUGUGUGUGUGUGUGUGUGUGUAUUUGGGAGAUUCAUUUGAGGCCAAACAUAAUACAGAAUAAGACUUAAGAUGUCCCAUUGACAAAUGCUUCCUUGAUGUUCAUCAGCAUCCUGAAGAUGUCAACAUCAGAGGAAGCAGGAUGUGCGUAUUCCCAGUCUGUAGGUCCUUCAAGCCAGUGUGUCUUUGGCAGGCUUUGUAUGGAAGGUGCCAGUGAAGUGGCCUCCCACCUACCUCUUGUAUUCAGUAGAACAGAAAACCAUGUGCAAGAGCCUUGCAGGGCCUGUGCCAGCUUCCGCCCAGAAUUGAGCCUUGGAGAUGCACGUGCCGGCUCUUCUUCCCAGAUCCGUGUGUGCUCAGCUCAACUGGAGUGAGGAGUGGGGAGCCAUCUUGUCUCCCCUCCACAUUUUCUCAGUAGCCCCAUGAAAAGCAGCCACACCCAUGGCCUGCUGUCUUAUCUCUCUGCUAUCUCAGAAGCUGUUGUUUCCUGGUGGGUGAUACUCCGUGUUUCAAAGCUGGCUAUGUCUAUGACUUCUACAAAACAGGUGGGCAGUGAUCACCUGUUUAACAGGCAUGAGCAGGUGAUGCAUUUGGUGGUUGGUACCUUCUCAGAGGAUUGCAACCUCGGUGUUGGUUCCCCGGAGACCCCAUGUGGUAGCACCUCUGGUCAGUAUAACAGGACUCUACAUUAUAGGGUUGUUUGAUGGAAAAAUUGGAUGUUUUUAAGAGGAAUUAAGUCUCUCUGUGUGUUUGUAUUAUGUACAGGGGUGUGUAGAGAGAGAAAGAGAGGAGAAACGGAGAGAGGGGAGGAAGCAGGGAGGAAGGGAGUGAGAGAAGGCUCAGUGGUUAAGAGCACUGGCUGCUUUUCCAGAGAACUCAAGUUCAAUUCUCUGAUCCUACCUGGUAGCUCAUGCUGUCUGUAGCUUGAUUCCCAGGAAUCCACCCUCUCUGACUUCCGUUGACACCAAGUAGGCACAUAAUGCACUUACAUACUUGCAGGCAAAACACCCAAACAUGUGAACAUAAAUAAAUACUAUUUUAAAGAGUGCAGUUAGGGGGCCGUAAACAUUGGGCAAAUCAGGGUUCUGCUUGACUGAUGGUGCGAGCCCUGCCUUUGCUGCCCAGUAGUUGGAUGGGUGCUAGGAGGCGAGGCCGGGAAGGGAAGAUCCCAGGCUCAGAAGAAGAACUCUUAGAAGUUUUUAAACAUUUGUGUGCCCACUGGAUCCAAGAUGGCGGUAGAUCAAUCUUCUAGCAUCGACUCUCAAGGUCUUGCUGCUUCCCGAGCAGUGUCAGGGACAGACGCCACGUGGAAGAAGCCCCAGAGACGAACAGAUAUGAUGGUGCCCCCCCCCCAGUUCAGGCUCUUGCCUUGUGACCACAUAUGUAAGCUCUGAGGUACCCUAAGAGUCACCCUGUACUCUGUCCCCCAAGAUGUGCACACACAUAUAGGUCCUGCUGCUCCUGUGUGGGAAUGCAUAGUAUGUGAGAAUGUAAAAACUAUGUGAGAUUCUCUUGAAUUCCCCACUUGUCCACUGGUAAAAUGCUUCUGUUCAAGUCACUAGCAAAAGUGUUACAGACCACCAUGAGCACCUCAGCAUUUCUCUGCUUUCUUUUCCUCUCCAGGGAAGUUAAAGAAAAAAAAAAAGGAAUA